AGGAGGAGCAAACUUCCCCUGUGGAAAACCCACAGCCAGAACUGCCAUAAUCAGCAGACGCAGGCGUUAUUGGAUGCCCUUGGACAGCUCGUCCAGGGUCUACGUGCCCUUCAAACCGAUGCGGCCGCCGCCGCUUCACCGGUACCGCAGCCACAACCUGCCAUUGCACCGCCUUUUAGGCACUACGACCCGAACCACGAGACUUGGCAGGAAUGGUCCCGCCAGUUUGCCUUCCACCUCGCCGCCUACAGGAUUCGAGGUAAUGAGCGGCAGCCGUUUUUGCUUUCUUGUGUCGGUGUGUCCACCGACCGUGUGAUAGUGAAAUUGUUUCCCCGACGCGACGUCGCAACUCUGUCCUACGAGGAAAUUUUGUCUGCAUUAGAUGUCUAUUUCAAAGAAACAGUUAGUGUGGUUGCAAAACAGUAUACGUUCUUUCGUACAAAACGUACGGCCGGUCAAACUAAUAGGGAGUGGGUAGCAACAUUGCAAGGACUUACUAGGGACUGUGCCUUUGACUGUGACUGUGGUCUUUCUUAUUCAGAUACAAUGGUACGUGAUGCAAUUGCACAGAACGUUUCUGAUGUUCGCAUACGGGAGCAAAUUUUGAAACUAGUUAAUCCCUCCCUUCAACAGGUGAUCGACAUAUUGGAUAGACAAGACACGCUUGACUGUGCUCAGGAAUCUUUUGAACCUUCGCCAGCAGUGUGUAACAUUAACCGGCCCGCCGGGCGAGCUGCGCGGCCCGGUCAACUGCCCUCGCGCAAACAAACGCAGCUGCCGCCGCGCUCUAAGCCACGUGUGCCGCGCCAGCCCACAAAUGCAGUGAAAUCAUGCCCGCGGUGUGCUACUAGACAUUCGCGUGAACAUUGCCCGUCACGCCAAGCUAUUUGCUUUUUCUGCAAUAGGAAAGGAAAUGUUCAAAGUGUUUGCCAUAAAAAGCUCAGAUUAGACAAUCACAACCAUUCCAGGCCCUUUGCUUCGCGCCGGAAUCGAACCAAGGACACUCAGGAUCGUGGACCUUCGCCCAUGGACAUUCAUGUAGUUAAUUCCGAUUCGUCCAGUGCCACUUUCUCUAACAGUGACUGUGUUCGUCCCACAAAAACUGUGCGUCGACGUCGCCGGAAAUCACGUCAAUUAGCAAGUGAUUCUGUACAAGUGUCUAUUCCUAUUGCACAAAACAGUCGCUCUUGUCGUCAGCAGGACAAUAAACUUUUUGUGGACUUAGACUUUGAAGGCAAAGUGAUACCAUUCCAGCUCGAUACCGGAGCUGCAGUUUCAUUGCUCAAUCACGACACGUACAAAGAACUGGGCGCACCUCCGUUGCGUGCCGCAAAUGUUAAGCUAACCACGUAUUCAGGACAGCAAAUUCCUGUGUUAGGACAGUGCAACCUUCUUGCAACAUACAAGGGACAAACAAAACUUGUGUCAUUUUACGUUCUUCGUUCUUCUUCUGCAGUGAACUUGUUUGGCUUAGAUUUAUUUCAGUUGUUUAACAUGUCUAUUGUAAAUCAGAUCCUAUCAGUCAAUCAGACUGUGCCUUCAGACAGUGUUUCUCGCUUAUGUGACGAAUUUGCAGACAUUUUUGCACCAGGCUUAGGUUGCGCUACAACUAUGAAGCACAUUUGGAACUGAAGGUCAACGCGCAACCGAAAUUUUUCAGAGCGCGCAAUGUUCCCCACGCAUUGCGUGAUGAGGUCGCACGAACAUUGAACUAUAUGGAAUCACAAGGUGUAAGUGAAUGUGCGCAAUGCCUCUUCCAUUUCAGCUCCGCUUCCUCGCUUACGCCGUACAGGUGUUCCGUUUCUCUGGACGACGGAAUGCGAACGCGCCUUUCGCCAGUUGAAAUCGGCGUUGCUUGCUAAUACUUGCCUCACGCCUUUCGAUCCCCAGAAACCCCUUUUGUUGAUGGUAGAUGCAUCGGAUUUCGGGAUCGGUGCUGUCCUUGCGCACAAAGUUGGCUCCCAUGAUCGCCCUAUUGCCUUUGCGUCCAAAUUGCUCUCGUCUGCGCAAAGAAAUUACUCGCAGAUAGAGAAAGAGGCUUUGGCUCUCGUGUUUGGUGUUACUAAGUUCCAUGAUUUCUUGUAUGGUCGUCACUUUACCAUCAUCACAGACCACAAACCUUUGACAUCGCUUUUUCAUCCGACCAAGCCUGUACCUCCGCGUACGGCGCAGAAAUUCAUUCGCUGGUCUAUUUCCUCUCGCAGUACCGCUACGAUAUCUUGUAUCGGUCCACUGCUAAGCACGGAAACGCCGAUGCGUUGUCCCGUUUGCCUGUUGCUGAGGAUAAAGCAUUCGAUUCUUCCGAACUUGCUUGCAUGUUCAUUGAUUCGGAAACCGAUGAAGUGGUCGAAUCGUUUCCGAUUGAUUUUCGUCGUGUAGCUACAGCCACAGCUGCUGACCCUGUCCUUGCUACUGUUUUGCAUUUUGUUGCUAUGCAAUGGCCUUUGUCAAAGUCUCGGAUCGAGGAUCCGUUGGUUCACCGAUUUUUUGCUCACAAGGAGAGACUUUUUGUUCGACGUGGUGUUUAGUUGUUGCGUUCUGAUAAUGAUCAGUCCUGCGUCGUGGUCCCACGUUCGUUACAGUCCUCUGUUUUACGGCUUCUUCACCAAGGACAUUGGGGUAUAGUGCGAACGAAACAACUUGCUCGUCUGCACUGUACUUGGUUCGGAAUCGAUGCUGCGAUUACGAAUAUGUGUUCUUCUUGCAUGGCGUGUGCCGAACAACAAUCCGCACCGCCGCGGAAAGUCUUUGCAUGGCCAAAAGCCACUUCCCCUUGGCAACGCUUGCACAUUGAUUUUGCUGGUCCAUUCUGGAAUGCUCGAUGGUUGGUUCUGGUAGACGCCUUCAGUAAUUUUCCUUUUGUUGUCCGGAUGUCUUCCACGACGUCCUCCGCCACCAUCCAAGCGUUGUCUGCUAUCUUUUGCAUCGAAGGUCUUCCGCAGACUAUUGUUUCCGACAAUGGCCCACAAUUCAUGUCCGCAGAAUUUCAGUCACUCUGCCAGGCCAAUGGUGUUCAACAUCUGACAUCCGCGCCGUUUUCGCCUCAGUCAAACGGUGCCGCUGAACGAUUGGUCUGGACUUUCAAGUCACAGAUGUUGCAAUUGAAAGAGUCGCAUUCUCGGGAGGACGCAUUGUUGCUCUUUUUGUCUUCGUAUCGCUCUCAGCCCCGCGAUGGUCGCUCGCCGGCUGAGUUGCUCCAUGGUCGUCCUCAUCGCACCUUGAUGUCUUUGCUGCAUCCGCCGCAUCAGGUUCCUUUGCAGCGGCAGACUCCUGCUUUUGCUCCAGGCGACGUUGUAUUUUAUCGCGACUAUCGAGGUUCACGGCGUUGGCUCGCAGGGCGCAUUCUUCGCUGCCUCGGCCGCGCGAUGUAUUUGGUUUUGGGGGCCUCUGGUGAGGUGCGUCGGCAUCUCAAUCAGCUGCGCCU